AUGCGCCGCCGCCGCGCGCCGCCACCCCUCGCCCCGCCGUCGCGUGCCGCCAGCCCACUUCCCCUUCCUACGCAUGCUGCUGUGAGGUACGAGGCGGAGGACGGAGCGGCGACACACGCGCUAGGGAUGCAGAGGACAGGCACAACGGCGACGCAAGGUGGUGGUCAUGGCGGUGAUGCGCCUAUCAUCUUACAUGUCAAGCACCAAACCGACACCGCGGCUUCUGCUGCUGGUGCUAGUGUGGAUGUUAGCAAGUUCAACUACCAGCCUACGCCGAGUUUAGGUACAUUGUCGUGGACGGCCAAGUUCAGGGAUGCCUCUGUGCCUAAGGGGAAUUAA